CGAAAUUUCAGCUAGUUGACAAACUCAUUUUGAAAUGACAAGACGGUUUUCAUACUGUUGAUUUGUUUUUCGUACAAUCUCCUUUUCUACAGAUGAAUACGCGAAUGUAAUUACAAAAAGCGCGUCACUUGCGAUCGCCUUGGCUCAACCAUAGAUUGAUUGCGUAUUGCAUACUACUAGAACCAUCGGAACAGGCGCAAAUGCAAAUUUGCGUUGAUAGAGGGAGUAGGCGUGUUAGUCAAGCUUAAUACUGAAGGUAGACAGCACGUUAAACAAUAGCCUACGGUUGGACGGUCAAUUGUCAGGUCGACGAGGAUACAUAAUUAGAAGAGUCUGAAGUGGAAAGCUGCAUUGUGCACAGUAGCGCAUUUACGACCCUAUUUAUGGAAUAUCCAAAAGACCCUUUACUGGCCGACUCUGGUGGGCGUCGAAGUAAUUUUCAAUGUCAUUUCAUAAGUUGGAAUUAUGGAAUAAAAUCGACGUAUUAAAUCAUAGUGGUGUACAAUAAAGUGAAGGACAAUUUGGAAAUAAUUAAUUUUAUUAUUUAUGGUAUUUUAUAUUUAUUUUCGUUAUGCAGAAGCCUUCAGUUAUACCAAUCAGUCACAAUGUGGUCUCAGGCAACUACGAAGAAUACCUCGACUGCUGUCAAGAACCAAAAACCACGAACACUUGGUAUGACUUCAGCCAUAAGUAUGGCUGAACCAAAGCCAAGUGAUCUGACUAGAACGAGUGAACUCAAAGAAUCUCUCAAACCGUAUAAUGUCUUUGAGUCGGAAGAAGAGCUUAACCAUCGGAUGGAGAUUUUAAGUAAAUUGAACUCCUUAGUCAAACAAUGGAUUCGUGACAUAAGUAUUGCCCGAAACAUGCCACCAAAUGUUGCUGAUCAAGUAGGAGGCAAAAUCUACACAUUCGGAUCCUACAGAUUAGGUGUUCACCACAAAGGAGCAGACAUUGAUGCUUUAUGUGUUGUACCCAAGCACAUUAGUAGACAAGAUUACUUCUCAUCAUUCUUCGAUUUGUUGAAGGAGCAACAUGAAGUCACAGAAUUGAGGGCUGUUGAGGAAGCGUUUGUACCUGUAAUAAAAAUGAAUUUUGAUGGCAUUGAGAUUGAUAUGCUAUUCGCAAAACUGGCCCUCAAGGAAGUUCCAGAUUCUAUGGACUUACGAGAUGACAUGUUGCUGAAAAAUUUGGAUCAGAAAUGUGUCAGGAGUUUGAAUGGCUGCCGAGUAACAGAUGAAAUUCUACGCUUAGUACCUAAUAUUGAGAAUUUCAGGUUAGCCUUGCGUGCAAUCAAAUUAUGGGCAAAAAAAAAUGGCAUCUACAGUAACGUUUUAGGUUAUUUGGGAGGAGUAUCUUGGGCAAUGCUUGUCGCGAGAACUUGCCAGCUGUAUCCAAACGCGGUAGCCGCAACUUUGAUUGAGAAGUUUUUCCUCGUUUUCUCCCAGUGGAAGUGGCCUCAACCAGUUCUACUGAAAUCACCAGAGAAUGUCAAUUUAGGUUUUCCUGUUUGGGACCCAAGGAUAAACGUGGCAGAUAGGUACCACCUGAUGCCAAUCAUCACCCCUGCCUACCCACAGCAGAAUUCGACAUUCAAUGUUUCUGUAUCAACGCGAACGGUCAUGCAGGAAGCAUUUGAAGUUGGAUUGGCAGUCACAGAAGAAAUCAUUAUGGGAAAAGCAUCGUGGGACAAGUUGUUCGAGCCACCAAAUUUCUUUGGAAAAUACAGGCACUAUAUUAUUGUGAUGGCAAGUAGCUGUUCAUCCGAGGAUCAACUGAAGUGGUGUGGCCUUGUGGAGUCCAAGAUUAGAACUUUGGUUGGAUGUCUAGAGAGAAACCCUUUAAUCACGUUGGCACACAUUAACCCUGAAUGUUUCCCACCACUAUCUCCGGAAGCAGGCAAGCACAUUUCCAUGUGGUUCAUAGGUUUGACUUUCAAAAAAGGCGAGAAUCUUAAUAUCGACCUUACGUACGAUAUCAGGAACUUCGUAGAUACCAUUGAAAGGCAUGCGGAACAAAUCAACAUUUUCAGGAAUGGUAUGGCUAUAGAAGUAAAACACGUGAAACGAAGGGAUUUGUCCAAUUACGUUGCUUCUUCCUAUUUAGUCAAACGCGAACGCAAAACCUCGAGUAGCAAUCAGAGGAAUGGAAAUGUUAGUGGAAAUGGUGGUUCUCCUAGAAAUCAACCUGACAUAAACUCUAGAAAAAGGAAGUCUGACCAAACUUCUGAGAACAAAGACAAAAAAAGAAAAAUCCAAGAGAACCACAAUAAAUCACAGGUUCAAACUAAUGUUACGCAAGAGAAAGAAGACAACUCUAUGGGGGCUAUAUCCAUAGGAGACGAUAGCAAUUCGGAAGUCAGCAUCGUGGGAGAGUAUAAGCAGAAAACUACGAAAGAUGGAGUGACAUCAUCGAAAACUAGGCCCGGUACAAUGCCCCCAAUAAGCAAACCACCAGCAGCGACUUCGGCAGUCGCCCAGGAACGAUUCGUUUGUACUUGACCAGCUCCUCAUGAAGCCACGACGACCACUUCGACAGUUGCUCUCCAAACGACCUCUACGGCGCUUCAGAGCCCUUUGAAACGCAAAGAGUUCUCGCGCCAUCAACCACCACUGCCCACUGUGUAAAUCCGUCAACCUAAACAACCAUGCGCAUUAUUACAGUGAACUCAGCUAGUGACGGAGGCACUACCACCAUAACAAACCAGCGUACACUUUUUCUUCGAAAUAAAAAACGGUAUGUACAGAAGAACAUAAAUAAGAGAGUAACACGACACACUCUCGCUCGACGAGAGUGCAUUUUCUUAAAAGUUCGUGUUGUUUUUGCCAGCGUCGAUGGUCGCGCUAACUUCGAGUGGGUUACUUUUACUUUUUCGGAGAAAAGUUUCAUGCUUUUUUAUAUUAUCAGAGGGUUGGUCCUUCUGUGCUAUUCGAUGAAAAUUCAAUGUAACGUAGUUAAAUUUUCUGACUUUGCUUUUACAAAGUUUACAUUUGUACACUGAGAUAUUUUGACCAAUUAUUUAAUAUUUGUAUUGUAAGAGAUACGUUACUUUUAGUUUGACAAAAACUUAAGUUUUAAUAACGGGAACUUACGUGUAGCUAGAUUUACAUAUUAAUUUUACUUAAUUGACUUGGCGUGGGAAGUUCCGAAAACUUUUGCAGACAGUUAACAUGAACCGUUGAAUUUUUCGUCGCGGAUAGCAGAGAAAGAAACAAUUCUGUGAUAAUAAGCUAUGUAUGUAUAAAAAAGUAUUAAAUUUUUCAUCACUUGUUUUGCGUUAGUUUUAGUUUCGUUACUGUCCUUAUAAAACCGAACGUUCGACAACGUUACGGCGCGGGAAGGUGAUUCUAGAUGGUAUAGAUUAUUGUAGUUAUAAGAACCGGUGUGUUGCACGGUAUGUACAAACUAAAAUAAAAAAAGCAAUUUAAAAAAAAAACCUAAAAAAAUGGAUUAACUUAGGUCAAUGUAUAUUCAAAUAAAUUACGCAACGACUGUGAAACGAAUUAUGUCCAUCGAUCCUGGCAAAUUCGAAGACGCGUGUUCCGUUUAUAAAAUUAUAUAUAUAUAUAAAUAUAUAUAUAUAGUUCGUAAUUACUACACAUACAUAUAAAUAUUAUACUAUAUUUGUAAGUGCAGAUGAGUGAGUGAAUGAGCGAGAAAUAAAGAAAUAUAUCUGUAACUGGAACACCAUUUGCGUAAUCACAAUGAUUGAUUUUGUAGUUUAUCCUUCCUUUUGCUUAUAUUUUCGUAUGAUGGUUUCUUUGAGUAGAAUAUUUUUUUAAGCCUUGGUAAUAAUGAUAAAAAAAAGAAUAAAAUAAACAAAAAUACAAAAUAUUAUCAUGUUCCAUUGCAUGGAGUUUGCGAGUAUCAGUUAUAUUGUAUGUGCGAUAAUUUACUUUCUUCUUCUUUUUUUUUUAAAUUUAUCAUUGAAAAUUUUGUCGCUCAUGUACAAAAGCGAAAUCGUAUCAAGUGUACCAACAGAAUUUUACGUUCUGAUAAAUGAGCAUACGUGUAUAAAUUAUUAUUUUAAUUACAUCUUACUCAAAUAAAAAUGGA